AUGUCUUCAUCUAGGCAGCUUCAUUCCAUUGAAGAAACCAUCAAGCAAAGUCUUGGGGAACUCAAGUUGAAGGAAGAAAAGCUGAAUCAGAAGGAAGAUGAUAUUAAACAAAGGUGUGAAGAGCUUGAACGUCGGGAGAAGGAAUUGGAGUUGACGGGAGAAUCACAGACAAGUCAGAAAGAGAUUAAUAGGAUACAAGAUUUCCUAAAAGAACUUGAGUUGGCUAAACUAGGGUUUGAGGAAGAGUUGAGAAAGCUUGACUUGCAAGAAAAGAAACUUUUGUUGAUGGCUCAAGAAAGGUUUGAACAUCAAGCAAGACUUCAAGAAAAAGAGAGAGAAUUCGAGGCAAAAGAGAAACGUUUUAAAGAAUUUGUGAAACAGUGUGGAUUCAGUGAAAAUUUUAAAAAACUUGAAAUACCAUUCACAAGGUCAAAGUCUAAAAUUCUGCAGCGCUGUAGUUUAAUCCAAAACCUUACUGAAAAAGAUUUUCGGCUUCAGGCAAUCAAACUUAUAUGUGAAUUCGACAUGGCUGACAAGUUCUCGCUACCAACUCUUCUCCAGGAUCACUUGAGGCAAGUAAAGAAAACCUUCAGGGAACGCAAACAUGGAGAUGAAUCUGUUCCAACUCAAAUUGUGGCUAUAACCAAAGAGAUUGCUGACCUGAAAGCUGUGAUUAAAUUGAUUCAACUUUACAAUCUUGGAGCUUAUUUCCCUCUUGGAAAGAUAGAGAAAAGUAUAAGGAAACGGGAGAAGAAGAAGGUUGAAAUGCAGAAUUUUGGACCACGUACAAGGUCUAAGUCUAAACUCUUGCAUCAGCCAAGUGAGGAAAACUCUGAUGCCAUCUCCAUUGAGAAAGAGACUCAGCCCCAGGAAUGUAGAAAUAAGCGUGCUCGGAUGGGUUAG